AGUCUCCGCGAAGAGGCGGGGCUAGUUUUUAUUCUCAGGUGUUACUGUACCUCUCGGAACGUAGCGGAUCGGCAAGUUCAUUAAGUUAAUUUCAACAGCGAGAAAAGCAAGAGAUGUCUAAAAAGUCACACAAGGCCUUCGGGGACGAUGAGUGGAUGUCCCGUCUGCGACGGUUUGCCAGCACAGGGGUUUGGCCCUCUGAAGCUGGCAACAGACCUGCUCCCCGUCAGAAGAAGUGGUUUGAACUCUUUCAGAGGAUAGAUAAAUGUCCAAUGCAGGUCCGUGGCCAGGCAACACUUUUUGGUGGACCACAGAAAUGCCUUUGUGGAUUCCACACGCCUAAGGCCACAAGUGCUCCACCUGCCUCCACUCCUACUUCUGUCCUGGCCUCUACAUCAGCACCAACCAUUUCACGGCCUGCACUUAACUCAUCAAUGUUUACAAAGAAACGAUUUGGAGGAUCCAUUAGUUCAGCAGCCAAACCCAACCUAAAUAUACCAAGGCGGAUCCAGCCUGGUAGUCAUAGUCCGACUCCUUCAGCCAGUCAGUCACCUGCAGCCAGACCACCUCCUUCAGCCAUUCCUUCUCCUUCAGCCAGACCACCUCCUUCAGCCAGACCACAUCCUUCGGCCAGACCACCUCCUUCAGCCAGACCACCUCCUUCAGCCAGUCCGUCACCUGCAUCCACAAAUACUACUUCAGCCGGUCCUUCUCCUACAGCCAGACCUGCUCCUACAUCCUCAGAGCGUGUUGCCUCUUCUAUGCCUGGCCCUGCUUCUGCACCCACCACUGCUCCCGCAGCCGAGCCAGAUCAAUUUUGGCUGCCUCCUGAAAUGAGGAAGACGAUCCCAUCACAGGAUCAGAGGUGGAUUGCGUCUGCGCUUUUUCACGCUGGCAGACUUCGGACAGACUUGAAGCUCUGGUAUGAGCCACCAGUCCCUUCUCUCAUCUACCACCAGGCUCCAUCUCCAGACCGCUUUUUUAACCACAGGCUUCUGGUAUGGAUGCCCUACCACUUGUGGAGGUUACACUGCCCUGUCCUACAUGUGGGAAGUAGUUGA